AUGGGGCUGUCUAUGCUAGACAAGCAUGAACUGACGAGCGGCUGGAAACUGAUUGAUAUUGUCAUCGAAUUUAACAUUGCACAGCUGCACAAUCUAGCUUACGCGGCCAUACGGUCCAGGCCAUUACAAUACUAUGACCGAGAAAAUACCGAUAAUAUCAGGGUGACAGGCAACUCGAUGGAAGCAAUGCUCUACCCGGAAAAGAGUUGUCAUCGCAAGGUAGUUCUGAUCAGCAAAUUUACUGCCUCUGCGGAAAAGAAGACGGGGCCUAGAUGUAUUCGCACUUUCAAGAUGGAAAAAGCAGUUGACAUCAUAUGCGAUACUAGACAGCUGUCCAGUGACUUGCCAGAAAAAUCGCGCCAGAUUUCAGAGUUUUACCCUCCAGAAGGUCAACACUGUGUGCCAACAGAAGAUCAAUCCAAGGAAAUCCUGAAGCUUAUGGACCGGUUCAAUUCGAGCAGAUACCCCCAUCAUGAGGGCCACGACGAUGAUGUCGCCCAGGUUCACAAAAUUGUCGACGAUACUCUCGACACAUGCUCCGACCGAGUCACAGAUGUUGCUGAGCACUUACGCCAGAUUGGCAUAUAUAUUCCGGCCGAGGAGGAUAUCUGGGCAUUUCAGGAGGCCCAAGACGCGCGCACCAGGGCCACAAUCAUGCACAAAUUGAAUGAACAGAAGUUUGCGAUGGAGCGGGAAUGGGACAGAACUCACGAAGAAUCCCAGACGUCCGAAGCAUUGUGA